GGAGCCCCGAUGCUGGCCCGGAGGAAGCCGGUGCUGCCGGCGCUCACCAUCAACCCCGCCCUCGCCGAGGGCCCGUCCCCCACCAGCGAGGGCGCCUCCGACUGGGCGCCGGCAAUGGCGGCGUGGUCACCAAGGUGCAGCACCGGCCGUCGGGCCUCAUCAUGGCCAGGAAGCUGAGCCACCUGGAGAUCAAGCCGGCCAUCCGGAACCAGAUCAUCCGCGAGCUGCAGGUGCUGCACGAGUGCAACUCCCCGUACAUCGUGGGCUUCUACGGGGCCUUCUACAGCGACGGCGAGAUCAGCAUCUGCAUGGAGCACAUGGAUGGCGGCUCCCUGGACCAGGUGCUGAAGGAAGCCAAGAGGGUCCCCGAGGAGGUCCUGGGCAAGGUCAGCAUCGCGGUGCUCCGGGGCUUGGCCUACCUCCGGGAAAAGCACCAGAUCAUGCACCGAGACGUGAAGCCCUCCAACAUCCUGGUCAACUCCAGGGGGGAGAUCAAGCUCUGUGACUUCGGGGUGAGCGGGCAGCUCAUCGACUCCAUGGCCAACUCCUUCGUGGGGACGCGCUCCUACAUGUCUCCAGAGCGACUCCAGGGCACGCACUACUCCGUGCAGUCAGACAUCUGGAGCAUGGGCCUGUCCCUGGUGGAGCUGUCCAUCGGGAGGUACCCCAUCCCCCCGCCCGACGCCAAAGAGCUGGAAGCCAUCUUCGGCCGGCCCCUGGCCGACGGGUCGGAAGCAGAGCCCCACAGUGUCUCGCCACGGCCCCGACCGCCCGGGCGCCCCAUCAGCGGUCACGGCAUGGACAGCCGGCCGGCCAUGGCCAUCUUCGAGCUGCUGGACUACAUCGUCAACGAGCCUCCUCCCAAGCUGCCCAACGGAGUGUUCACGCCGGACUUUCAGGAGUUUGUAAAUAAAUGCCUCAUUAAGAACCCAGCUGAACGGGCGGACCUGAAGAUGCUCAUGAACCACGCCUUCAUCAAGCGGUCCGAGGUGGAGGAAGUGGACUUUGCCGGCUGGUUGUGUAAGACCCUGCGGCUGAGCCAGCCCGGCACGCCCACGCGCACGGCCGUGUGACGGCGACGUGCCCACGCCAGCUGCGACCCACCGCG